GUCUGUGAUCAUAGCUGCGUUCAGAAAAUAGCAGCCAUGUUUGUUAAUUUGAAACCUAGAGAAAGACUUUUUAUGAUUAAGAUCACUUCUGUCAUCUUAUAGAUUGUAAAACCGGGAUCCAAAGGCAGUGUUGUCUGUUUAAUCGUUACGAGAUCUGAAGGGUGAUAUGAAUGUGAAUGGCAUUACUGCUGCAGAUGAGGGCAGUCAGUCUGGCCCCGACCCUCCUCCUUCCUCUUAUCAGCAUCAUCAGUCCAUCAUGGAAUAUGACUACUUGUGGAUACCAAACCAUUAUAAUUCUGACUUGGACUCUGGCUGUGGCACUGGCCAUGGAACAGCCCAAAAACAGCAGCAAUCCUCUCAUGCCUUUCAGGGACACUACCCAAUCAACAGGACCAUAGGGAAUUCUCAGCAAGCCCCAGUGACAAGAGACCAGCACUGGGGGAAGGGGUGUCCUGGCCAAGAGCAAGGGGAGUCAUCUGUGACAGUACCAUAUUCCCAUGGCAUGUAUGGUGUAUACCCAAACCAAGUGCUUAAUCAACAACAGCAGCAUUUUGGCAUGGUGCCAAAUGGAGCACCCUGUUAUCAAUCACAGCAUACACUUCUUUCUUCAGAACAAUCGGAACCCCUGACACCACUGAUGCCUACUGCACAGAUGUUUACCACCCUACGAGGGAGUUUGCAACAUCAUCACAUGGGCCAUGGCAGUACUGAUAGUUCCAUGCCAGUGCAGGCAUUAAUGAGGUCACCAAAUGCAAAGCAUGAUAAUUGUUCCCCCCAGAGGAAGCAGAGUCCAGGGAGAGGCACUGUGGACCAUUCUGCUGGGAUUCAAGUCUGUAGAAAUGAUUCCAAACAAGAAGUGGAUCAAGAUUACAGUGAUAGUAAGAAAAUAUCUGCCACUCAACAGCUGUUCCCAAUAGACAGUUUACCUGUGAAGGCCUCAGGAACUUCCCUGCUCCCUACCAAUGAGCAUAAUUUGCAAGCCCGGCAGUCGGUUGACAAUGAAACUACUUUCAAGGAAUUGAGUGAAAAUCCUGUCAGUGCCACUUCACUGUCAGUGGCAACAACAUUUCAUCAGACCAUUUCUGAGCCUACUCUGGUAGCACUUCGACCUUUGUCAGUACAGCCUUCAGUAUCGGCAAAGCCUGGAAUAAGUACACCAUCAGCAUUGAGUACCACACCUCAAUUACUUUCCACACCUUCAUUAAAAGUCCAACCACUAAGUUCUCCUAUGUCUCCAUCUAUUGUUACACUGCCUGCAACAAUUUCAACUUUAAUAUCUGAUAGUUCUCAAAUGAGUCAAGGCAUCAAAGCAUCUCCGAGCCAGUCUCUGGCAUCACAUUUCAAAACCUCUGCAGUUCAACAUAUAGCCCUUUCACCUGUAGUAGACAGUCCAGAUUCUAAGGGUCUACAGGUUACUCAGUCACCUUUAUCUCAAAGUACAUAUCUUCCUGUACUCCCCAGGCCUUCUUACUCUUUGGCACCUAUGCAAAGGGCUUUGAUAACCCCUCCUAAUUUCCCAAGCCCUCAAACAAAUCUCUUGACUGAUACAGCUAUUGAUAAUUCUAUUCCUCAUACAUUCCCUACAUCUGUUGCUGUUGCCUCUUCUUUUCCUUUUAGUGCUUCUGUUUCUUCCCAAAAGCUUUUAUCUGCUCAGACAUUAUCUGAGUCACCCCUUAUAGCUAAUACAAAUGCUGUAUUAUCUACUUGUCAGGAAACAGAUCAUGCAGCUUUUCAUGAUUCGGAGCAGCAAAAUUCUGAUAUGACAUGUUGUCCAUUAAAAACCAAGAAUAUAUCUGAAUUAAGCUGGACUUACCAUAAAGUCAAUGUCACAGGUUCAGUGUGUAAAUCGGAGGGCCACUCCAGUAAAGUUCCUGAUAAAAUCCCAGAGUCAUCUUUGAGUAUCCCCUAUACAGAAGAACCAGAUAAGAAUAUUUUACCUGUUGUUAAAAAGGAUGUAUGUACCAGCAAGGACCAAUCCACUUCUGGAAAAAAUGCCCUAAAUGAUAUAAGGGAAACAGAGACUAAUAAUUGUAUAUCUUUGGCUGGGAUAGUUUAUUUUAAUAGGUCUGAAGCAGUGGAUUGUUGUGUGCACAACCAGGAUGAAAGUUCCUUAAUGUUAGAAGAUAGGUCCAUCAUCAACAAAUUGGGAGAUAUGUUGCCAGAAAAUGACCAGACAGAUGGCACUGCUUGUAAAACCGAUGCAGUGGAUCUGACCACUAAGAACUCCAAUGACAUGACAUCUCUGAAGGAUAAUUCUCAGAUUCAUAAUUCCUUAGAUGACUCCCCACAGGCUGACAUCUCACAGCAUUCAUCUUUAAAUGACUUCUCUGGAAAGUGUAAUAAAGGUUUAUUAAAAGACAUUAAGAAAAAGAGAAUAAAGUCAUCAUCAAAAGCUCCCAAAGAUGAAAAAGUGAAGGGGAAAAAGAAAAAAGAAGAGCAAUUACUGACAUCAAAGAAGAGCAAAUCUGAGGUGCCUGCUUCUGCCAGCUGUCUUCAUGAUGGAGCUUCAUCACUUCUGCUUAAAGGAGGUUUUAUAACUGACUUACAAUUGACCCAUAAUGUUACCUACCCUGUUUUAAAAUCUGAAAAUAUAAGGAAAUCCAAAACAAAAGAAACGGCUGGAAAGUGUUCAAAGCCAUCUAAAAUCAAAGUUGUUUUGGCUGAAAAAGCAAAGGAAGGCAACGAUGACAGCAACUUGAUAACAGAAGAUACCCCAAGGCGAAGAAUUGCUACAGAAGAGCAAGUCAUCUUCCCUCUUUUUCAUGGGUGGAGGAGAGAGAUUCGUGUGCGGAAGCUUGACAACAGACUAAAAGGAGAAACAUGGUAUUAUACUCCUUGUGGGAAAAGAAUUAAACAGUUUCCUGAGGUCAUUAAGUAUCUGAAGAGGCAUGAAGAAAAUCUGAAGGGAGUAACAAGGGAGCACUUCAGUUUUAGCCCACGUAUGCCUGUGGGGGACUUCUAUGAGGAGCGAGACACACCUGAGGGAAAGAAAUGGUUCCUCCUGGCCAAUGAAGAGGUCCCAUCCAUGAUUAUGGCAAUUACCGGCAGACGUGGUCGCCCUCCAAACCCUGACAAGGAAUCUAAGCCUCAGUGUAGAUCCAUUCAGCCCAAGGGGGGUCCACGAAGGCGUCCGGGCAGACCUCCCAAAUUAAAAGUGUUUGAUUUGCUGAGCAAAAUAGAUGCCAGGCUGCUGAAGAGACUGGAGGCAAAGGAAUUGCUCACAGAGGAGGAUAAAGUCAAACUGUCCAAGAUCAAGAAGAAAAUGAAGAAAAAGGCAAGAAUGAAAAGGAUGGAAGAUGCUAACAACAGGAAGAUCAGGCAGGAGAAACUAAAAGCCAAGUUGCAGAAUGCCAGAGAACCAAUGCAAGAGGGCCAAGCUCCGUCUUUAGACACAGACAUCAACCAGUCUGUCAGUGAUCAACUAAAGAAGCCAGGCUGCAGAAGGAAGGUUUCUGUAGAGCGGAAUCUUGAGAAGGUCUGUCCUUUGAAAAGGAUAGCAGGAGCCCGUAGCAAAGCUAAAGCUCUGGCUAAGGCCCAGGCUGAAGCAGAAGCUCAAGCUCAAGCAUCACUGGCAGCUAAGAGGCAGGCAGAGAGAAGGGCUCAGGCCAAGAGACGCUUGGAGGAGAGGAAGAGGCAGCAAAAAAUCUUGGAGGAGCUGAAAAAGCCCACUGAGGACAUGUGCCUCACUGACCACAUGCCUCUUCCAGAAUUGUCUCGCAUUCCAGGACUGGUGCUGUCAGGUUUCACGUUUUCCUGCUGCAUAACAGUUGUAGAGUUCCUGCACAGCUAUGGGAAGGUGUUGGGUCUUCAGGUGCCUAAGGAUAUUCCAAGUCUGGCCACUUUGCAGGAGGGUCUACUGGGACUAGGCAAAAGCCAGAGUAAACUUCUUGACCUGUUAAUAAAUUUGGUAACUGCUGUGCUGCAUGAUCCUGGUUUGCCAUCAUACUACCAGUCAGUGAAGAUCCUAGGGGAAAAGCUGGUGGACCUGGAACUGUCUCACAACACAGUGUCCGAGGUGCUCCGGGUCUUUCUGGAAUCUCAUGGCUUUGAGAGGAAUAUAUGUAAUAGUCUCCGCACUAAAAGCUUCCCAACCCUGAGCCCUGAAGUUAAGGCAUCUAUCCUGGCCUUCCUGGUAGAAGAGCUCAAUGCCAGCAACACGGUCAUUAAUGAAAUUGACAACACCCUGGAGAACAUGACCACCUAUAAGAAGAACAAAUGGAUUACAGAGGGCAAAGUGCGCAAAAUGAAAGCUGCUCUAGCACGUAAAACUGGCCGCUCAGAGGAUGAGCUGUGUUUAGAGGAGCGGAGACGUAGUACCCGUGUUUGUGUGGCUGAAGAUGAGACUCUCCCAAACAGCAGCUUCCUGGAGAAUGGCAGCUCUCGCCAGCGUAAAGAUGAGUUGAAAAUUUAUGAGGCUGAAAGUUUAAACAGUGCAAGUGUUCCUGAGCUGGAGCGACAGAUUGAUAAGCUAACCAAGCGGCAGGAUUUUUUUCGUAAGAAGCUGCUCAUAUCAUCACAUUGCAUGCGGGCAAUGUCGCUGGGACAGGACCGGUACCAGCGGAGGUACUGGCUGCUGCCAAAUAUCGGUGGUGUGCUGGUAGAAGGGCCAGAAGAGAUCUUAGCCUUAGGAGACACUUUCAUGAAGGAUGAACCUAAGCCUUCUGUUGAGAAAGAGUUUAAGUUUCCUGUGAAGGUGGAUAACAGAGUGGAUCCACAGCUAUCUCCAAUGCUCAGUGCUACCAAUACACACCAACCUUUUUGCCCUCACCCUUCCAAUAUCCCCUCCAUUUCAUCUGCUGCAGUUGUAGAGCCUCUUCCAGGUGAGGCUUCUCUUAUGUGCACCCCACGAGGGUGGGGCCGACCUCGCAAAAUCAGACCAGAAGUCGAGCUCCAUUUACGCACAGUCAAGAAUCGCCGCCACCGCUACAACAAAUCAGGGGCUGAGAACAGCAAGGGUGCCAGCCAACCAGAAGACUUUAUGAAGGAACCCGAAGAUAAAAGACAAAUGUUGCCUAAGGAGUCAUGCAAAGAAGAAUCACUAUAUCCAUGUGCAUCUAUGUUUAUGAAUUCUUCUAAAGAGACUCCCCUUCCUCAUGGUACUAGUCCUCACUUUAAACCAGUCACACUGCCAAAGGUCAGUGCUACUCAGACUCCCAGACCUGGCAGGAGGUGCAGGAAGGGCAGUGGUACUGGGUACAGGAACACUGAGGCAGUUGCAGUAAAACGCAGGGGCAGACCUCCCUCCUCUCACUUUCAGGAAAUGGAGCAAAAUUACUUUAAGCAGCUAGUGGUCAGGCCCAUUCCACAGGAGAUGGUGAAAGGUUGGUGGUGGAUUCGAAAGCCUGAGGAACUCACAGCAAUUUUGACUGCUCUCCAUCCCCGUGGAAUCAGAGAAAGGGUCCUACUAAAGAACCUUACCAAACACAUGGAGUUUCUGACAGAGUGCUGUACACAACCUAUGGCAGAUCCAGUCUUUCAUCUAAAGGUGGAGGAUGACAGACAUUUUCUUGAGGCAGUGAAGCACCCAUGGGUAGAACAGAAUCAUGCCAUGCAAACUGACCUUAGCAUCCUUCAAAUGGUGGAGGACCUGGAGCACAGGGUGUUGGGAGCUGAUCUGCAGCUUAAGGAUUUCACUGCUCCAGAGCCUGACUCUACUCGGGAAGAUCUGCAAUAUUAUGAACAUGAAGUGGACCCCAGAGAAGACUGGAUGUUGAGGAGCAAAAAAGAGUGGUGGGACCUCUUGCGUGUACUCACAAACCCCCUGGAUCUGGCUGUGAUGCGUCUCACCAACCUGGAGAGGCAUAUUGAGCGGCGCUAUCUCAAGGGGCCACUGUGGAAUCUUUCUGAGGUGAUGCGGUUAGCUCCUCUUACAUCUCCACCUGGAGGAGAGGAGAUUACCAUGGACACCUUCAGCCUGGAGAAUGAGAUCACCCCCAGGUUGAGGAUUUGGAGGCAAGCCCUGGGCCGCUGCCGAAGUGCAUCACAGCUCUCAUUGUGUCUACUGCAACUGGAAAGAGCCAUUUCCUGGGAGAAAUCGAUCAUAAAAGUGACGUGCCAGGUGUGCCAUAAGGGUGAUAAUGAUGCAUGUCUACUGCUAUGUGAUGGCUGUGACCAUGGAUGGCACAUGUUCUGCCUAAGGCCAAAGGUUACUCAGGUGCCAGAAGGUGACUGGUUCUGUCCCACCUGCCAUUCCUUGGAAUCUGGUACAGAUUCUCAGACAAACCGAUCAGCCCGACAGAGAGCAAAGGCACAAAAACGGCGCCCUGCUCAUGGAGUUGAAAAUUCAAAUGAGGAGCAGCGACAUAGGAAGAGCAUGACAACACUGCAAAAAUACGUCUCCACCCCCUCCAGUGGGUCAAGCUACCCCCUCCCCAAACGCAAACGCAUGGCUACACGAAACCAACCUGACCUCACAUACUGCGAAAUUAUUUUGAUGGAGAUGGAGGCCCAUACUGAUGCUUGGCCCUUUCUAGAGCCAGUUAACCCAAGACUUGUGCCUGGAUACCGCCGCAUCAUUAAAAACCCUAUGGAUUUCCUAACAAUGCGGGAAAGGCUUUUAAAGGGAGGCUAUAGUACGUGUGAGGAAUUUGCUGCAGAUGCUCAGCUGGUCUUUAACAACUGUGAGCUCUUUAAUGAAGACACAUCAGAGGUGGGCAUGGCCGGACACUCCAUGAGGCACUUUUUUGAGAGCCGCUGGGCAGAAUUCUAUUCAAAGUGUGAAAACAGAGCCAACUUGCUAACUUGCCAAUAGGCUGCUUUUGGGGAAAUAAUAUUUCAACAUAUGCCCAGUCCCACUCACUCCUCCAAGAAAACUUUUUUUUUUUUAGCAAAUCUGUAGUCAUUUUGUGCCCUCCUGUUAUUUUAUAUAUUGUUGCUUGAGGGGCAUAGCAGAAAAAUAUUGUUUUUAAUUUCAGGUAUUUUAGAGUGAAAGAAAACAUAGGAACUGGUGCUCACUAUAGCACACUGCAGGUAUACAGUAUAUUAAAUCAUGCUGUAAAAAUACAAAGAAAAUGAUUUGUGUAUUUAAAAUUUUCACAAACUGUACUGGGCUGUGCCAUUGUCAAAAAAAUUGUCUAAUCAUACACCACUUCACCGUAUACACUUAUACCUCACCUGUUCAUUUUUGUAUUUUUUAAAAUGAUGAAAUACUUUUGUUUGAAA